AUGGCAAGCUCAAGCUCUCUCAGACCAGUUUAUUCUUCUCUUAAAUUUCCCAACCUAAAUCCACUUUCUAAUGCUGAAUCACAUCAUGUUAAGCUUGGAUUUAAUCCUUCAAGUCCACUUUCGAUGGAGAUAAGGAUCUCAACGACCGGUCAACAGAAUUCUACCAGAAGGAGCGCCAAAAAUGUUCCAACCAAAGCAUUCUUCUUCAACAUGGGAAAGCCAAAGCCAGAGCCUGAAAAACCAGGUAAAGUUCAAGAACUGUAUGUAUACGAGAUCAAUGAAAGGGACAGGGGCAGCCCAGCAUACUUGAGGCUGAGCCAAAAGGAAGUGAAUUCUCUUGGGGAUUUGGUGCCAUUCACCAACAAGCUAUACUCUGGUGACCCACAGAAAAGGCUAGGCAUCACAUCAGGCUUAUGUGUGCUGAUUAAACAUGAGCCUGAAAAGAAAGGUGAUAGAUAUGAGGCCAUCUACAGCUUCUAUUUUGGAGAUUAUGGUCACAUCUCAGUCCAGGGUCCAUAUUUGACCUAUCAAGACACACAUUUGGCUGUGACUGGUGGAUCAGGAAUAUUCCAUGGGGUGCAUGGGGUGGUGAAGCUGCAGCAGAUUGUGUUCCCAUUCAAGCUGUUUUAUACAUUUUACCUGAAAGGAAUCCAGGAUUUGCCUGCUGAGUUGGUGUUUAAGCCUGUUGUCCCAAUUCCUACUGUUGAGCCAUCAGCUUCUGCAAAGGCUGCUGAGCCUCAGGCAACUAUCCCUAACUUCACUAAUUGA